AUGGGGAAGAAACGGAAGCGUGGCAAUUAUUCUCGAGCAGCAGAAGCAGGCCCUGUGCCGACGUCCAACAAUGGAUUUGGACUAGGCCAAACCCUAUCUUUGCUUCGUGAGCCUCCUGCUGCCGCGAGCCCAUUUUCUGGACAAACGGACAGCAACGCCGAUGAGGUUGAUACGGCAGGAGAUUGGCAGACAAUCGAGAAUAAGUCCAAAAAGAAAGCGAAGACAGGCAAAAGCAAGAGCAAGUGCCCCAGUCUUAUCUAUGUAAGCGGCCAGAUGCAAAACCCGAUCAAAAUUUCGGAUCUCCAAGGACUACUGCUUUAUUGCUUUGCGGAUGGCAUUGCUCCGCAAUGGGUAUCAAUCAAACAUUCAGGCCAUGUGAAAAAGGCCGUUGUUCUGAUGGUACCGGGUUUGGAGAUAGGAAUGCUUGACGGAUCGAUACCCUUAGCUUUGGAUAACAUGGCUUCGCAUAGCAUCAAGGAUGAUAAUGCUACAGUCGACGAAAAGCUUAGUGAAUAUGAGCAAUGGAAAAGAGGUCUUCCCCCUACUCAAGACUCACUUCAGCGCUCGAACCCAAAACCCCUGGUACAUGACCAGCUUCCACAACCCUUACAGCCACUAGCCGAUAUGUUCCCACAUGUUUGGCCAGUAAAAUCCCCUGGAGACACAAAAUACAAUAAACUUCACUCUCCUCUCCAGGCCAUCCUCAUGACUGCCUUACCAAAGUCGAAAGAAGACGGCCGUAGUACGGGGCCAAAAGCGCCUCGAGGCGCAUCAACUUGGAUGGCUCAGCGAACUUCAGUGACCACAUUUGUUGCGACUGUUCAAGAUUUAAAGGAAGGAGAGUAUGUUCUACAUCCAGCCGUGUUUUCCACCACUGGAGAGAAGCAAGCAUAUGCAGAUAUUCGACAAAGAGCGGGGCAAUCCCAAGAGCACGGUUGGGUCGAUACCCAUGUCGCCGACCUCUCCGACGGGAACGUUCCUAAAAACGAGAUACAAAAAGGGAGCAUUACCGCUGGUCGGCAGGUGCUGGGCCUUGAUUGUGAGAUGUGUAUCACUGAAGGUGGCGCCUCUGAACUUACUCGAAUAAGUCUUGUGGGAUGGGACGGCGAAGUUAUCUUGGACGAACUGGUCAAACCUGGUCGACCAGUGAUUGAUUAUCUUACUCAGUAUUCCGGAAUAACGAAAGAAAAAUUAGAUCCAGUUACGACAACGCUCUCCGACAUCCAAAAGCGGCUGCUCAAUAUUUUAACUCCGCGUUCCAUAUUAGUCGGCCACUCUUUAAACUCUGACUUAAGCGCUCUGAAACUAACGCACCCAUUCAUAAUUGAUACAGCCAUCAUCUAUCCACACCCCCGAGGUUCGCCACUUAAAUCAAGUCUCAAGUGGUUAAGUCAGAAAUAUCUUGGCCGGGAGAUACAAAAAGGACAAACGGGUCACGAUUCUAUCGAAGAUGCAAAGGCGGUUUUGGACCUCGUCAAACAAAAAUGCGAAAAGGGCGAGCGAUGGGGAACCAGUGAUUCCAACACUGAAAGCAUUUUUCGGCGACUUUCGCGAGCUUCGAGGGACAGCCGAGCGGCUCGAGCGGCCGAAGGCGAGGGUCGAACAGGUGCUGUAGUCGACUGGGGAAACCCAGAACGCGGCUUUGGUGCUCAAGCUACCGUUGCUCUGGGUUGCCGAGACGAUGAGGAAGUAGUUGUGUCAGUGGAUCGGGCCGUCAAUGGAGAUUCUGAUGGUCACGUUGUCCCCGGCGGCGGGGUGGACUUCACCUGGGCGCGUUUACGCGAGCUAGAGGUUAUCCGCGGCUGGUGUAAUCGAGUCCCUGGCACAUCAAAUACAGAUGAAUCUGCUCCUGUGCCUAUCAAACCAUCUUUGGGUGCCGACGACCCCGAGGCCCUUGGUUCCGCUGUGACGGCCAUGGUGGCACGUAUCAAGCGAAUCUAUGAAAGCCUGCCACCCUGCACGCUCUUUAUUGUAUACUCCGGCACGGGUGAUCCACGGGAGGUUGUUCGCCUGCAGGCUAUGCAUAAAACCUACAUGGAAGAGUUCCGCAGCCGAAAGCCGUGGGAUGAGUUGAGUGUCAAAUGGACUGAUACGGAGGAACAGGCCUUGAAAGCCGCAUUGCAAAAGGCCCGGAGUGGUUGUGGUUUUAUGACUGUAAAAUAG